GUGUCGCGUCGCGUCGUCUUGCCUCGCCUCGACUCGCGUCGACUCGGUUCGGUUCGCGCAGUCACAACUCGUUCGACCGUCAAACUGUACGUUUCGAUAACAAGGAAUACGAAAUAUUACCAACGUGUUGCAGUUUACGUGUGUGACUAUUUAACGUUAUCGUUCACAGUAAUCGUUUCUUCCGGAUACGAAUUGGCCCGCGUAGUGCACGUGUUGUGCGGAAAUCCGCGCGUUAUCUUCUUUUGUCAGUUGACGGUGGACUUACGGUGUUUCCCCCAUCUCUCUCGCGAGAAGAACCAUGCGAUUUUCGUGGGUGUUCGUGGCUACGGUGCUCCUGUUUCUAGCUACUGGGGCGAGGUGUAAGAGAAAAUUCGACGGGGAUUUUGAAUUUGCCGAAGAACAAACGCCAACUUAAUCUUGCGUGACCGGCGAGAGUCGUGGCAAGGGAAAUGCAAGUGAGAAAAUCAAGGAAACGGACAGAAUGUAUCGAAAAGAAAAAACAGACAAGGUUUCACGGUGAUCGAGCGGAGCCUGUUGAUUUUCGAUCGUCGCGUCGGCGUCGUGGCCUGCCUACUGUCGAGUUCCAAGUGCCUAUACUUUGACUGGAUGACACGCGGAUAAUGAAAGUGGGCGACAAGAAAAGAUGGAUACACGAUCCGAAUAAUAUACUUUGUCGACCGUUGACUUGCGGAAAGAAAGAACUCUGCCUUCUCGAAGACUCUUUCACAGCCGUUUGCGUUUCGAAAAAGGAACUUCGCAAGUCAGGAGACAUAGUGAUUCCAAAGUCACGGGCAGUUCAACAGAACCGACGAAUGAGAACGGAAACUUCGGUCGAUUCGGAGGAUGACGAUGCCUUCUUCGAUUCCGAGGACGACGACGAGGAUCAGGACGAGUCGAAAUGUCAAGAAUGUCCUGUGGGGAAGCCGGCGUUCCUUUGCGGAAACGAUAAUCGCACAUAUAGUUCGCUGUGCCGGUUGGCGUACCACAAUUGCAUCCACCACGCGUUGGUGAGCAUCGCCUGCAAAGGUUUCUGCCCGUGCAAAGCGGCUGAUUUACGGGCGUACAACAAAAAGAUGCAAAUGGAACGACAAAAGUCCAAGAUGGGCGAGAUGAUGCGAAAUCGUGAUAUUACACUUACCCCUCGUGACUUCAAUUACGACAAUCACCAUUACCAGUACAUAAAAUACACCAAACGUGGCAAGGCACUAGCCGCAGGAAGCAAAUACGACGACAAGAAUUUGAUGAGUAACGAAGUCAUGGAGAAGACGCCCUCGCCAUUGAAGUCUAUGUACAAUUCUCAGUUAUCGCGAAAAUCUGAAUGUCCGCCGUCCUCGAAACCGGCAAUGGCAAAUCGUCUGCUGGACUGGUUUUCAGUCGUGAUGGCGGAAUCCAAGUACCGCCCUCAUCCUAAACCGAAAGCUCUCCUCAUUAUCGGUUGCCAGAGCGAGGUCAGGUGGAUGUUCGGACAUUUGGACAAGGACGGCGACGGUCGGCUGUCUCUUUCCGAGCUGUACGGUCUCGAGCAUGAUCAGAACGAGCCGUGUCUCAAACCAUUUCUGGAUGGUUGCGACACCAACGGAGACAUAUUUGUGAGCGGUUCCGAGUGGUGUGGAUGCUUUUCAAAGGCCGAAGGUCCUUGUGCCGCCGUACGUAAAAGGUCAUCCCCCGAAGUUGCUCCCAUCUGCGACUCCCGAGGAUAUUACCGAAGUACUCAGUGCCAUCGCAGUCUUGGACUCUGCUGGUGCGUCGAUCCCCAUGGCGUGGAGUACGCUGGUACCAGAACACGCGGUAGCAAGCCGGAUUGCGAUAAAAUCGGGAAUACGAUCAACAACCCAGUAGGUACGAAGUGGUCGAAUAGCGUAGACCUGGACGACGACGACGAAGACGGUGGUACAGAUUCCGGACAGGAUCUCGAGGGCUCUGCCGAUCAGCCUUUAGACUUUUAGAUUUUUUAGAACGAGCCUGUAACGCAGCAGCAACAGUGGCGCUGGCAGUAACCGAGAACAACACCCUAACACCUGAUAUCGAACAAUCGGACAAUUUCAUUAUUCCCUUGAUCCGAAGGAAUACGGAAAAGCUUGUCUGGUUGUCCGCUUGUUUCGAGUAUCGCCGUUGUGAUUGGAGGUGUCUUUGGUGAAUAAGGGCAGCAGCGGAGACUACAACCGGCACGGCGCGGCGGGCGCGGCGUGUGCAAGCCUAAUAUCACUUCGAAGAGCAACGAAAAGCAUGACGAUUGAUUUGGCAUCGUGAUUGCACGUCGAACGACUUUGAUCGCGUUCUUUUUGACUCGAUGAUCGAAAAAGCAGUACCGAUCGACACGGAGACGUUGGUUAUUUCUCAACUCGCGAAUGAUUAGGCCCAAAACAAAUUAUUUCGGAUCUUACUAUUCAAUGGUAAUUCGUACUCGAAACGAAAAAAAAAGAAGAAGAAAAAAACAAAUAACGAAUGAUAGACGUUUCCGUUCGACUAUCGGGACGUACGAAAAUCGUGACAAUUGCCAAACUGGUUAAGAAACCAUCGGGUUAAGGAAUCGAAUCGAAGAAUCUCCCAACCAAGAAAAAAGUAAACUCGAUAUUGUGCAAUAACCGUGGGGCUACUUCGUGCAAUAGCGAUUUCGUGCAAUGUUUCAUUUUACUCUAAGUGCGAAGACUGCGAAAAGAUCUAUACGUUUGAUCUACAUCACACAGAAUUCAAAUACCGACGACUGUUUACAGAAACGUUGAUUUACCCUAUGUGCCCGUUGAGGUACCUCCAUGCACAACUCGUUCUAUAAAUAAUACAAUUAUACACUAUUUAUGCGCAUAGAAAAAAUUAGAAGAGAGAAGGAGGGCGAGCGAUGGAGAGAAAAGAGCAGACUCUCAAGAAAUUGCAGGAACCACGCGCAGCAGUAAGUAAAAGAUAACUCAUCCUCCAUCGAUAUGUUUAAUGAAAAGAUAAACAAAAUUGAAAGAAACAGAAAGCACUAUAUAAUUAUGAUUUCUAAUCCGCGCUAGAUUAACGAUAUCUCGAAGUGUAAGGUUUAAGCAUUAUAAAUAUAUAAUAUUGUCUACGACUUACGAUAAUAGAACGGACAAAGACAAGACUGGCUGAGAGAGAAAACUCGGCUGAUCGUCAACAGAGACGCGCGAAUCCCAUCAACGCACCGUUAUAAUUAGAGAGAUGCACGUCCGCUGGAUGUAGAGGUCAAAAGUGCUUGCAUAACCCAUUAUGUCACAUGAAAAUAGUUUUAACCGUUAACCCCUUGCAUAACGAAUUUGCUGGUCCAUUGGGGGAAUGUGCAGAAUGUUUCAUAAAAUGUAGGCAUUGUUUCAGAGGUAAGUUCCGAAUAUUAUUGCAACUUUGUUAUAAUUACUUUGGUUAUGUUACAAUGUAACUUGAAAACAGUUAAACGUACGUAAUACAAUUAAAUUUACAUCCAAUCGUAGAGGAUCGACUGCUUUUAGUACUUUCCUGAUUCGUGUCACUCUAUACUAUAUAUAAUAUAUCGCAUAACUUUCUCUCGUUCGGUAUGAUUCGUACGUACAAAUAUCAUUGCACAUACUACAGAUAAUUUGUAGUUUAUUGACUUUGACGUGUGCAAACAGGGUAAACACGGACCCUUUUUCGGAUGACUGAAACAAAAAGAGUCGAAACGAAAUCGUAUCAGUUUGCUCUAUACGGUCCUCGGAGGUAACCCUAAGGGAUUAAACAGUGUAUGUAGUUUCUGAACGUAUUUAAAUAACGCAAAUAAAGAUGUAACUAUGUUCGUUGAUUUAGAUGUUUGUUCAGGCGAGCGAGGAUUCAGACACUCUCCUGUCUAUAGCUUCACUCGAUGAAAUACUAUAAAACACCGGUUGUAUACGAGUAGAAUGAACUACUCUGGCACAACUUGUAAGUUGAGAAUUCCUAAAAACCCAAAAACUGACUAUCUCUGAAACAAUAUGAAAAUAGAACAAGCGUUUAGAGAAAUUUUCUUUAUUAUUUUCAUACAUAUAUAUAUAUAUAGAAUUUACCCCCAAAGUUAUGCCCAGAUUUCACGAAACACCCCACGUUCAAAUGGAUACAUUUCCCGACGCUUGUUUAGGUUUAACGCGCUGGACUAUUCUACUUCUUUUUCUUCUUCUUCUUCUUCUUCUUCUUCUUCACUUCUUCUUCUUCUUCUUGGCAAGUAUAAGUUUUUUCUCUCAUAGCCAUCUUGCGUUGCGAGGUCUAGCGUAAGAUAUACUUGCAAAAAAAUGACCUAUUUCAUACUCGCUAACUACUAACAGCAACAGCAGCAGCAGUUCAAUCACGACGAUGAAAGAAAUUACUCGAGAUUGUUUCGCGUCAUGAAUCGUAACGAACGGUUUCGCACGUUACGCUAACAGAGAAACAUAUUUUAGGAUAUACCUAGGGUAUGUUUCACGCGUUGUAAGUUAUUUUCUUACCUUAUUUGAUAAUUAUGACACGAUUUCGACGUUAAGAUAACGUCAAAAGAGCUCGAUUCGCUUUGUGCAUCGAGUAGGGCGGAGCGUUUUUGAUAUUCAACGAGCACGUCGUGAUUCGUCUGCGUUUACUUGUAAUUCUAAGCAUUUUUACUUACGACUUUUACUUAAAGAGUGUGCGGUACACCGUAGGUAAUAGAGUAUAAAAUGUAAUCCGUAGAAAAAAAUGAUCGGUGUGAUUACGUGAAUAUGCGGUAAUAAUUAGAAAGCAAUUUACGUAAGAAUAGCCAGUGCAAAUUAUACACGUAUCUUUAACUAAGAAGCUAACACGUGGAAGUUAAGUUUCGAAGCAUAACUUAUUUCAUACUUUGACACAUUUUUCCACGAAUUUCGGACCGUUUAAUGUCCCCGACAUAUUAUCGUUAAUUAGAAAGACGUAUAUCCCAAGUUUCAGUACUUACUCUUAUCAACCAGCAACAUUUAUCGUACUCGUCAGUGGACACUUGUUAAUCGACGAUAUAUCAAAUAGGAAAACACAAUGGGUAAACUGUCCAAAAAAAAGAAAGAAAACAUAAUAAUAUAUUUCGCGUUUUAAGGAGCAACAUAGUAUGCCGCCGCAUCAUUUUAAAAUAUCAAAGUACAAAUAAGAAUUGGUAGAAACUUUUGCACCGCGCCGUUCGAUCAUCGAAUCUCGUCCUCGAUGGAUUAAGUAAAUAAAUCAACUCACGCAUACUCUUCGCUAGGUUGUGCGCAAUUUCUAUUCCGACGGAAUUUAUUAUUAUACCGUUCACUUAGAUUAAAGAACACAACUCGCAAACGUCGUCUUGCAUAUUGUAUAUACAUAAUUAUAUACAAUGGAAAAAUGAUUGUCUAUGAUCUUGGCAACGUGAUGAUUUUUGUAAGGUAUGCACUUGGUCGAAACGUAAAGAAUUUUUACUUCAUUCCAGAGCUACUAUCGAUAUUUCAUCAAAUUGGUAUUGUGCAUGUGGCUGUAAGAAUUCUUUAUGAAUAAAGAUUGUUGUAGAAAGGUG